UGUAGUCAGGGAACAAUGAAAAAACUGUUGCACAAACGCGGGGAUCUGAUACUGCAAGAGCAGCCCUUUGCUUGCGUACUGUUGCCGCAGUUCCGUCACGAACGGUGCGAUCGUUGCUACAAGCUUGGGAAAGUGUUAAAAUGUUCCGGCUGCCUGUACGUGCGAUAUUGCGAUCGAGCCUGUCAGCAGGAAGCGUGGCCUGAUCAUCAGGCUGAAUGCGUCAAACUUAAGGCUCUUCCGGCCGCGCUCGUCGUACCGUCGGCUGCCCUGAUGAUGGCGCGGAUCAUUCGGCGUCUGCAGAAAGGAGGCGACUUCCAGAAGGGUUACUACACCGCCAAACUCUACCGUCGGUUCCAUGAUCUGAUGCCGCAUGAGGAAGACAUUCGAAAGGACACUAAGAGGGUGGAGCACUUCCAAGCCGUCAGUGUCGUAUUGCGCCGGUUGCUUGACGAAUCGGCCUUCCCGGAAACUGCUGAGCUGUUCAGGAUUUAUGGCAAGAUGUGUAUCAAUAGCUUCAACAUUAUGGACGAUGACUUGAACAGUAUCGGCACCGCGAUGUACCUGGGAGCGUCGAUUCUGGAUCACAGUUGCCGCCCGAAUGCCACGGCAUCGUUUGUUGGUGCGCGGUUGCAGAUCCGUUUGUUGGAGGAUUUUGUAGGGUCGGAACUAGACUUUGGCCGCAUCUUUAUCAGCUACAUCGAUCUGAUAGAACCGCCCGACACUAGAAGGGAGCAGCUGGCCGAACGGUACUACUUCCACUGCGAGUGUGAUCGUUGCGAGGAUGAACAGGAUUGCAGGCUGAUGGGAGCGGCUUCCUGCCCGAACAGUGACUGCAAGGAGCCUAUUUGUAUCGAAGGUUUGGCGGACGAGGACAAGUGUCCGGCAUGCGAUACGCCCAUCAAACAGUCGACUCGCGAACGGUUUCGCGAAGUUACCAGUUUCACACGCGAUCGUCUAGCCGAAAUGAAAGAUGUAACCUAUUUCGACGUAUGUCGAUUGUGUAUCGACAAGCAAGAAGGUGUGCUACAUCCGCUAAAUGCCCAUUACCUCAAAACGCUGGAAAAUGGCUUCGAUAGCGCGAUCCAGCUGCAAAAGUGGGACGUAGCCCUCGAUUAUGGUGCACGAGCUGCCCGCGGCUACCGUCGUUAUUGUCCGUACAAUCCACUUGUCGGACUGUUGCUGCUAAGCGUGGGCAAGAUCGAACUAAAUUUUGGCACGAUGCAGGCCGCACUGAAGAGUUUGCACGAGGCGGAAAAGAUACUGCGCGUGACGCACGGUGAGCAGCACGAUCUAUAUAAGCAAAAACUGGUGCCAUUGCUGUGCGAGGCGGCCCAGGCGUACGAUAUGUCCCAGCAAACCAACGUUAUGGUGCGGCGCGAAUAA